AUGAUCAAACGAAGCAGACAAGAUUUUGAAAAUCCAUUAAUUUCGGAGGAACUACUCAUGAUCAAUAAUAAUAACAUGGAAGAGAAAGCAAAAAAGAAAAAAGUUGUACAAGAAAUAUUUUCAGAUGACGUUUGCUUUGAAAUAAUUUCCAUGAUUGAUUCGUGGUUUAUUUUGAAUAAUUGUUCCUUGAUUUCAAAACAAUUCUUUAAUGUGAUCAAGGAACGUUCAAAACUUGUUAUUCAAUUUAAAAAAAAAUUUACAGAGAAAAGAAUUGAAUUAUUAAUGAAAAGUCAAUUUAUGAAUAGUAUUGUUAACGUUAAAUUUUCGAGAAAGUUGCUUGACUCUAUAGAACAAGCCAAAUUCAUAAAUGAAAUGAAGCAAUUAACAUCACUUGAUAUUGGUGGAAAUCAAAUUGGUGCUGAAGGAGCCAAAUUUAUAAGUGAAGUGAAACAAUUAACAUCACUUAAUAUAUCUUACAAUCAAAUUGGUGCUAAAGGAGUCAAAUUCAUAAUUGAAAUGAAACAAUUAAAAUCACUUAACAUUAUUGGAAAUCAAAUUGGUGCUGAAGGAGUCAAAUUGAUAAGUGAAAUGAAACAAUUAGCAUCGCUUAAUAUUGGUGGAAAUCAAAUUGGAGAUGAAGGGGUCAAAUUCAUACUUGAAAUGAAACAAUUAACAUCACUUAAUAUUUGUCUCAAUCGAAUUGGUGCUGAAGGAGCCAAACUCAUAAGUGAAAUGAAACAAUUAACAUCACUUGAUAUUUGUUACAAUCGAAUUGGUACUGAAGGAGUCAAAUUUAUACGUGAAAUGAAACAAUUAAAAUCACUUAAUAUUAGUGGAAAUCAAAUUGGUGAUGAAGAAGCCAAAUUCAUAAGUGAAAUGAAACAAUUAACUUCACUUAAUACUUAUAAAAUCAAAUUGGUGAUGAAGAAGCCAAAUUCAUAA